UUUUCUAGUGGUCUUCAAAAAAGAGUUCAGAAGAGAGAAAGAGAAUGCUACUAGGAGUGUUCAGUGGAGAGGUGGUGGAGGCUCCCGGCGAGCUACUCGCCGCCGGCGGCCGGACACCAUCACCAAAGACACCGGCGUCCGAACUCAUCCACCGCUUCGUCCAUAACUCCAACUCCACCAUCUCUCUCCAACUCACUUCUCUAGCCCAUCUCUCCUACUCCUCCUCCCAUCACUCUCCUCUCCGUCCCAUAAGGUUGGCAGUGAAGGAUGAGAUAUAUUGCUUGUUCAGUGGAAUGCUGGACAACAUGGGGAGCUUGAAACAGUACUAUGGCUUAUGCAAAAUGGCAAACGAGGCAGUGCUUGUGUUGGAGGCUUAUAAGGCUCUUAGAGACCGGGCUCCAUAUCCUCUUAGUUCUAUGCUUGCUCAUCUCUCUGGGACUUUUUCAUUUCUUGUCUUUGAUACUACCACUUCCACCCUGCUCGUUGCUUCUGAUCCGGAUGGUAAGGUACCUUUGUUCUGGGGGAUCACUGCUGAUGGAUGGGUGGCUUUUUCUGAUGAUCUUGGCCUUCUUAAGGCUUCUUGUGGCAAGUCACUGGCUCCUUUCCCUCCAGGUUGUUACUAUUCCAAUAUUCUAGGAGGCCUGAAAAGCUAUGAGAACCCCAAAAACAAGAUUACUGCUAUUCCAGCUAAUGAAGAAGAGAUUUGUGGUGCUACAUUCAAGGUGGAGGGACCUGUUGUUGCUGCCUCACAAUAGAUAUCAACAACUGGAGAGAAUGCAGAAGAAGACAUGGAAUGAGUUUGAGGCAAAGCUUUUUAUAUUUGUGUUUGGUUUUGGUGGUUAUUUCCAUUAUAAAUAAUGCUUCCCUAUGUUUGCUUAUGAGAAUAAUAAUGUUCCUAAAAUA